CAGCCUGCAGCCUCACUGCUCCGCUGGGUUCCAGGGCUCUGGCCUUGGCUGCCCAGGCCCAGACAGCCCAAGCAGUCCUUGCCUACCACCUGCCUGAGCCUCUGGGCGCCCGAGAGGGUCUGUGCACAGUUUCAGGAUGCGGGCUCCGGGUGCGGGCACGGCCUCCGUGGCCUCGCUGGCGGUGCUGUGGCUGCUGGGGCUCCCGUGGACCUGGAGCGCGGCGGCGGCGCUCGGCGUGUACGUGGGCGGCGGCGGCUGGCGUUACCUGCGCAUCGUCUGCAAGACCGCGAAGCGGGACCUCUUCGGCCUCUCUGUGCUGAUCCGCGUGCGACGUGAACUGCACCACCACCAGCGUGCCGGCCACACCAUCCCGAGCAUAUUCCAGGAGGUGGCGCGGAGGCAGCCCGAGCGCCUGGCCCUCGUGGAUGCGGGCAGUGGCGUGUGCUGGACCUUCGGGCAGCUGGACGCCUACUCCAACGCCGUGGCGCACCUGUUCCUGCAGCUGGGCUUUGCGCAGGGGGACGUGGUGGCGCUUUUCCUGGAGGGCCGGCCCGAGUUCGUGGGGCUCUGGCUGGGCCUGGCCAAGGCCGGCGUGGAGGCCGCGCUGCUCAACACCAACCUGCGGCGUGAGCCCCUGGCCUUCUGCCUGGGCACAUCGGGCGCCAAGGCCCUGGUCUUUGGAGGGGAGCUGACAGCUGCGGUGGUAGAGGUGAGCGGGCAGUUGGGGAAGAGUCUGCUCAAGUUCUGCACUGGUGACCUGGGGCCGGAGUGCAUCUUGCCUGCCGACACCCACCUUCUUGACCCACUGCUGCAGGAGGCCUCCACCACACCCCUUGAGCAGCCCCCUGGCAAAGGCAUGGAUGACCGGCUCUUCUAUAUCUACACGUCGGGGACCACGGGGCUGCCCAAAGCUGCCAUCGUUGUGCACAGCAGGUACUACCGCAUCGCGGCCUUUGGUCACCAUGCUUACCGCAUGGAAGCCCUGGACGUCUUGUACGACUGCCUGCCACUGUACCACUCCGCAGGGAACAUCAUGGGCAUGGGGCAGUGUCUCAUCUACGGGCUCACUGUUGUCAUCCGCAAGAAGUUCUCGGCCAGCCGCUUCUGGGACGACUGCGUCAAGUACAAGUGCACGGUGGUCCAGUACAUCGGGGAGAUCUGCCGCUACCUGCUCAAGCAGCCGGUGCGCGAAGCCGAGGGCCAGCACCGCGUGCGCCUGGCCGUUGGCAACGGGCUGCGGCCGGCCAUCUGGGAGGAGUUCACGCAACGCUUCGGCGUGCGCCAGAUCGGCGAGUUCUACGGCGCCACCGAGUGCAACUGCAGCAUCGCCAACAUGGACGGCAAGGUCGGUUCCUGCGGCUUCAACAGCCGCAUCCUGCCCAACGUCUACCCCAUACGGCUGGUGAAGGUCAACGAGGACACGCUGGAGCUGCUGCGCGACGCCCAGGGUCUCUGUGUCCCGUGCCAGACUGGGGAGCCGGGCCUGCUCGUGGGCCAGAUCAAUCAGCGGGACCCCCUACGCCGAUUCGACGGCUACGUGAACGAGAACGCCACCAGCAAGAAGAUCGCCCACAGCGUCUUCCGCAAGGGCGACAGCGCCUACCUCUCAGGUGACGUGCUGGUGAUGGACGAGCUGGGCUACAUGUACUUCCGGGACCGCAGCGGGGACACCUUCCGCUGGCGCGGGGAGAACGUGUCCACCACGGAGGUGGAAGGCGUGCUGAGCCGCCUGUUGGGCCAGACGGACGUGGCCGUGUACGGGGUGGCUGUGCCAGGAGUGGAGGGCAAAGCAGGCAUGGCGGCCAUCGCAGACCCUCGCGGCCAGCUGAGCCCCAACGCACUGUACCAGGAGCUGCAGAAGGUGCUGGCGCCCUACGCCCGGCCCAUCUUCCUGCGCCUCCUGCCCCAGGUGGACACCACAGGCACGUUCAAGAUCCAGAAGACUCGGCUGCAGCGGGAGGGCUUCGACCCGCGCCAGACCACAGACCAACUCUUCUUCCUGGACCUGAAGCAAGGCCACUACCUGCCCCUGGACGAGGGGGUCUACAGCCGCAUCUGCUCCGGUGCCUUUGCACUCUGACCUGACUCCCAGAAGUCCUACCUGGACCUCCCUCCCACCGCCCCUCCUUGCCACCUCCACCGCUGCACCCUGCUGUCCCUCUCCACCUUCCUCCCUGGGUCUUAGGGCCCGUGGCCUCCCCAUGUGCCGUCCUUCGCCUUACCUCCCCUCCUCUCCGCUGCCAGAGCCGGGCAGACGUUACCUAGGAGGUGCGCCCCGUCUAGCCCUCGGCAGCUAUUGCGUCUGUGAACCAGCCUGCAUCCCCCUCUGCCUCGGAGCGUUGGUGGCGUAGUGGGUUCUUGUUGGGCGGCUAACCACAAGGUCAGCAGCUCAAAACCACCAGCUGCUUCACAGCAGACAGACUAGGCUUUCUGCUUGUGUAAAGAUUUACUGUCUCGGAAACUCACCGGGGAAGUGAUACUAUGUCCUGUAGAGUCUCUGUGAGGCAGAAUCAGAGUGAUGGCAGUGGGUUUGGAUUAUGGCCUUUGUGCCCCCCUUCGCCUGCCCUCCCUCCCUCCCACAUCCUCCCCUGCAUCCUUCCCCACCUCUCACCUGCCCAGCUGUGCCUUAUGGAGCCCCACCCAGGGCUCCCUCAGCUGCCCUUCCAAACCCCAGGCUGGGAUCCCCCUCCUGCUGAGAUGAGCAGUGAGGGUAGUCUGUCUGCCCCCCAGCCCACCCAGGUGUGUGUGUGUGUGUGUGUGUGAAUGACAAUGAAUAAGGGGGAUAUUGGCAGGGGACCCCCCCCACACACCUCAACUGGAAAUCUCGCCUGGGGAGUUUUGCACAUCCCUCCUCCUGCUGGGUCCCAGGCCUGCCGGCCGCUUCGGAUGCAACAGAAGCGUCUGGAAUAGACCGUUUGUGAUUGCCUGCCCUGGCCAGGAAUCUCCACAGAGCUGCAGCCCCAGGGCCCGGAAGGUGGCAUGCUGGCUGCUUGGUGGACGGCACUGAACCUGGUCAUGUUGGGGCUCAGGCACACUUUUUAGUGGGGCCUCGAGGGUCUCCCCAUUUGAAGUGGCUCUUGGAGGGACCCCUGGAGUGGCACCUGAGAUGACCUCCCGGGUCCCCAGAUCCCCCCAGUGGUGAUGCCUUGGAUGCCCCCACUGCCCUGGCUAUGGACACUGAGACCAUUGGUAGUGGCAUGCGGGGCUCCUUGGGCAUGCCGUCACAUUGGACGCUGAUCUCAAGACACCCACACCAGCCUCGCUGGGGGCCAACCGCCCAGCCCCCCAGGUGCCGGAUUCUGUUUCCUGGUUGAGUUUAAGAAAUAAACCUGUGGAGUGUGGCCUCA